CACUAGUAUUUCUUGUAUUUUGCAUUGGUGAUUGGGGUAAUUUUUGUUAUGUCCUCCUAAAAUAAAAACCCAGAUUGACUCAAGAAACGAUUUAAUUCGUAAUUUUGGAUCUAAAAAUAUGUUCGUGAGUGUCAAUUAAUUAAAUUCGGGGUAAUCAGAUAAGUACAGAUUGUAGCGACAAAGAAGUCUAUUAGAUUGAUUAUAAAUCAAAAUGAACGAAGAAGAAAUUAAAGUUUUAUCUAGCGGUGAUAAAUCAGGUGUACUUCAAAUUUUAGAGAAAUUCUUGAAAGAUAAUGAAAAUGUUUUUACAUUUCCCAAUUUAUCAGUGAACAAUAAUAGAGUAUCCUUGUGGGCAGCUUUAUUUCAACUCAUUCAAGACCAAUCUUUGGAGACUGUACAUGCAAUGUGUUUGUCAGCUCUAAGGAUAUUGAGUCGGGAUAAACUAGAAGUUGAUGCAGUAGUUUGUGAAAAGUGGAUAAUAAUAUUAAUAGAAAAAGCUGGUCUAUUUAAUUUUCUACAUAUAGAUGAUGAAUCAAAGCCAGUAGAGAUAAUACCGAAGAAGGAAGAGGCUAUCGAAGCUUUAAAAUGCUUAUGUAAUUUAGCACUGAAUAGUGAGGUAUCAAGAGCACUUUGUGCCCAUACAGCUAUCGCACAAGGCCUAGUAGCAAGACUGAGGUCUUAUAAAGAGAUACCUUAUAAAGAUGACAUUAUGCUAUUUGAUAUGAAACUACUCUUCAUACUAACAGCUUUAAGACAAGACAUAUCUGCGAAGAUUAAAAAUGAAUUGCAUGGAAUGGACUAUCUUAUAAGUUGUUUGAAUGAAAUAAUUACGGAAGCAACUGUUGAUCCUGAUGUUGCAGGUGCUUGUAGUGAUGCAACCGGAGAUAGCCACUGCUUCCUACAAGACAAUCAACAAGCGAUUAUAUGUGAAAUAUUGAAAAUACAGUUUAAUCUAACAUUACAAAAUAGUUUGGAUGACCAGGUGGAUGAAGAGGAAGAGGCUAUUUAUUUAAGAUUAAUGCCAGUGCUUACAACACUGCUCAGUGCGCAUGUGCUGUCCGAGCAGAAGUUACAUGAGUUACGAAAUAAUAUUGUUAAUGUGCUAGUGAGUGUGCCGUCAAAGUUUUAUCCAUACCUAACACCUGACUUCAAUGAAGGAGAAAAACCGCAAUAUGUCUAUGAUACUAAAAAUAUGGAGUCCUUACAGUCACUCAUACAAUUCCUGUUACACCGUUUGACUAUAACAACGAGUACAAAUAAUCAGAAUGAAUAUUUGUGCCCGAUAUUAACCGUGCUAAAUAAAAGUGCACGAAGUUGCCGGGCUCAUCGUAAAUACCUCAGACAAGAGGUACUGCCGCCAUUGCGCGAUGUAUCUCGCCCUCCGGAGAAGGGAUCCACGCUUCGCAACCAGUUGUGUAGAUUGCUUACUACACCAAUUACCGCUAUCAGAGAUCUGGUCGCCGAGUUUUUAUUCAUUCUGUGCAAGGAGAAAGUUGGACGUAUGGUGAAAUAUACUGGUUUUGGGAACGCGGCGGGUCAUUUGGCGCAGAAGGGCCUGUUGUCUGGUGGUCGAGGCCCCGUCGUGUAUUCAUCAAGCAGCGAGGACUCCGAUACCGAGGAGUACUUAGAGGCUCAGCCCCACAUCGACCCCGUGGUGGGGUGCACGCGCCCCCCUCGCGUCAACCCUUUUGAAGGCAUGACGGAAGAACAAAAAGAGUACGAGGCGAUGAAGUUGGUGAAUUUGUUCGACAAGAUGGUGUCGAGGGGUGUAGUGAAGCCGGCGCGGGUGGGGCCCGACGGCCGGCCGCAGCCGCUCGAACACGUGCUGGAUAUGAGGGAACACCCGCCUAACAGACCACAGUCUUAAAUAUUUAUACUCUAUGUCACAGACUGUUUCCGUUACAUGCAUUAAAUAAUAAAAAACUUUAUUUGAUCUAACUUUCAAUUGUAAAUGUCAAAAAAUCAAAUGCACAAAUAACGAAAGUUUUUGCUCUCAGCUAACUGUUACCGUUAUCUUAGCAUUUUUGAUUAUUUGCUAUUGGCUUGUAGUUUUUGUGUCUUUGCCGGGCAUUUUUUUUUUCAAUUCAUUCACCCUUAAAAUUCAAUAGCCUAUUUGUCGUAAAAAUAUGCUGUGAUUUCUGACAUUCUACAUAACAAAGAAAUGUGUGUUUACAUAUGUGUUUUUAA